UCCAGAGCUGCACCAGAUUUGUAGACCUAGAGCCCACAGAGAUGACAGUCACCCUGGGAAACAUGAGGCUAUCUUUUACCCUCGUUCUGGCCCUUCUCUUGCCCCUCAUCAGUGCCCAGGUGCCCCAUUGGGGCCCAUGCCCAGAACCAUCAGUCCAAGCUUCUUUCAGCAUCAAGAAGUUUAUGGGAAGAUGGUUUGAAAUCGCUAAGCUGCCGGCCCAGUUUGAGAAAGGAAGGUGCAUUGAAACCAACUUCACCAUGAAGCUUGAUCAAACGAUUCGAGUUGUCAGCUCAGAAAUACUAAAAGGAGAGGUGAGAACUAUUGAGGGGACAGGAGUCACCGAGGAUCUGAAGAAUCCUGCCAAGCUUGGGAUCAGCUACUCCUAUGUCCUGCCUUAUUCCCCAUACUGGAUUUUGUCCACGGACUACGACAAUUUUGCCUUAAUCUACUCCUGUACUGACGUCCUGAGACUGUUCCAUGUGGACUUCGCCUGGAUCCUCAGUCGCACGAGAACUCUACCAGCGGCUACCAUUGAAAAAUCAAGGGCAACUUUUAGCAACAACAACAUUGACGUUAGCAGAAUGAUCGCUAGCAGGCAGCAAGGGUGUGACAAGACACUUUGAGUGAUCUUUAGUUGAAAUUUUAGGGCAGAAUUAUUAGUCUGUUUACUGGAUCAAUUUACUUAAAUAAACUCACACGUCCAAGUUAUGUUACGAAGACAAAUGUAGGCUAUAUGCUUCAGUGAUGGGUUUUCAGACGUUUUUCUUGAGCGGAUCCGAAUUGUAAUGUACAGUAAUUUCGUCGUUUGUAUUUAAAAGCUAUUUUAUUCAGGCAUACAGUACAUUUGUGUCGUAUCACAAGAAGUUAACUGACCUAAUUCACAUGUUUAUGCCAUAAAGUGAAAACGUGAGGUCACGUAUUAGAUUUAAUAAAGUUCAAUGAUUAAUU